UGUGCUUCUACUAAACUGUAUUAUAUUUUCAGAGAAGACGACAAUGCUAAACAAGAAGUGGCCAGCAUGCCAAAUGUAUAUAGAUAUGGUAUCAACGAGCUGAUCCCAGUGUUAAAAGAUUUGGUGGCGAAAGGACUCAAAUCCAUACUUAUAUUUGGAAUCAUUGAAACUUUGCCCAAGGACCCGACCGGCUCGCACGCGGACUCGGCGCAGAACCCUGUGAUCCGAGCGCUGCCAAGGCUCCGCGCGGAGCUGCCGUCGCUGCUGCUGGCGUGCGACGUGUGCCUCUGCCCGUACACCUCGCACGGACACUGCGGCCUGCUGACCGACUCCGGCGCAAUCGACCAUGCUGCAUCUGUUAAGAGGAUCGCGGAGGUCGCACUCGCUUAUGCAUUGGCUGGUGCUCAAAUCGUGGCGCCCUCGGACAUGAUGGAUAAUAGAAUAAAGGCUAUCAAGGAGGCCUUGGUCUCUGUCAAACUGCAAAACCAG